AUGGAAGCUACAAAAGAAGAGGAAGAGCUUAUUGCAGAGGAAGAGGAAGAACUUACUCCAGAGGAAAAGAGGAAACUGGAAAGAAAAUUAAAAAAAGAGCGCAAGAAGAAGGAGAAACAGCUGAUGAGGGAAGCUGGAAUCCCCAUAAAAAAGGUGGAGCCCAAAAAGCCGUCGGGAUGUGAGCGGGCUCUGGCCUAUUUAACCAGCUGGUCUAAAAACCCAGAAGAAUGGAAGUUUCAGAAGACAAGACAGACAUGGCUUCUCCUGCACAUGUAUGAUAAAGAGAAGGUUCCAGACAAGUAUUUCACCAUUUUACUGGAUUAUCUGCAAGGGCUUCAGGGCAAUGCACGAGACAAAACUGUGCAGAAAGCUGAAGCUUUUAUGAAGGAAUUUGAUGGUUCUGAUGGAGAAGACCCAAACCUGCUGGGGAAGUGUGAGCGCAUCAGACAAGUUCUACAACUGCUGUCCUGAGAAUAUUUCUGUGUCAUAAUUGUUUUCUGGUGGAGGGAAGGAGAGGAUGUCACAUACAGAGGCUGUAAAGGAUUUGUAAAGAUAAUACUAAAUUUUAUACUCGUAAUCUUUUCGAAUUGAAAAUAUUUAUCAUGUUUUCAGGUGAUGAAAUAAAAAUAACAUAUAUAGCCCAUAGUCUUGCUAUUAAUCUUAUUGCACCUCUUUAGAAGAAUAAACCUCUCUCCCUCUCAUUAGUUUUUCUCCAUCUCCCCCUCUAGUUACUGUUAAAUAUGAGGAACGUUGCAGCUCUUAAUAAGAAGAGCAAAGGAACCAACAUAAAGCCUGGAGGGUCUUUUACAAUGGCAGCUUUUAAAAUGAGUGUACAGCACAGUGCAUGCUCAGCCAGCUGUAAUCUCUCACUUUCAGCUUCAGAAGGAUGUCACUUGGAUUUGGGAAAGAUCAUUUUCAGUCUGUUGAACACAGGUUGUAUAACACAAUUGCUUAUUAGUACUUCACACGGUGAUCUGGAGAUACCAUCAGCUUUGUUCGUUUUCUUUUUAUAUUUUAAAGUUUUCAAAUACAUUAGGGCAAUUGUUUAGAUACUCAGAUAAUGCACAGAUGGGAACAGAUCAAAUCCUUGACUAUAUGUGGUGAAAUCAUCACAUUGUAGCUAAACUUAGCCUACAAUCAGAAGUGCUGUGCUGUAUCCAGCCUGCCAAUAUUGCAUUUUCCUCUUCCUCCUGCA